AUGAUCAAAACAAUUUUUCUCAUCCUUAUCACAAUCUUCCUCCCACCUGUAGGCGUCUUCCUCGUCGCCGGCUGUGGCGCUGACCUGCUUAUCAACAUCCUGCUCACAAUCCUCGGCUACUUCCCCGGCCACAUCCACGCUUUCUAUGUCGAAUACGUGUACUACAAGCGGCGCGACGAGAUCCGGGCUGGCAUGUACAACGGCAGUCUUGCGCCGGGCGUGUACAGUCAGAAGGUGCAGAAUGGUGGUCAGAAGAAUGUCGUUGCGCACCCUGCGCCAGUUGAUGGAGGCAUGCCGCCGGCGCAGCAGGGGUAUGGAACUACCACGGUUUAG